UCAUCAAGGAAUAGGUUCCUCAAGGCAUCUUUAUUUAUCCUGUUAAUCUUUAUAGGUCAUCUGAGCUUCAAAAAUAUUUCCCAACACACACUUCCUUAUCCAGAAACAUUCAAAAUUUCGAUCUCCCCACUGAAUUUUCCAUCAAGACCAAACCAUCUCCUCUACAAACUCUCCCAACCUCUAACAGCUCCAAAACGAUAGAUAAGUCGUCAAAAUUCAGAAUGUUCCCUAAAUAAAGUAGUUGCCGCUUUAAACUCCCAAUUCUACACCAACCACCACUCCUUCAAAACCCCUCAAAAAGUCCAAAACCACCCACUUUUCAAGCCAAAAAUUCCAAUUCUCACUCUAAAAUAAUCUCAGAAAUUCCAAAAAAACUUCAAAAACCCAUAAUUUCCUGCAUCAGACCCCUCAAAAUCUCCCAAAAUUUCCUUCAGAAUUCCCUAAAGAUCCCGAAAAUCCUAAAAAUUUUCAAAAGUUUGAAAAAUCGUGAACCCCUACAAGCAAAUUUUCUAAAAAUCCCAAUCAAAAGUUAGUCUUCCUUCGCGAUCAAGUUGACCAGAUAGCUAAGGCCAGACUGAAACCUACGAAGAAGAAGAAGAUUAAAUGAAAUUUAUAAACAUAUUCUUUACUGGUGGCCUAAAGAGAGUCAAGGGAAUCGCCAAGAAGAAGAUACCUCCAUAUGGGAAAAUACCUCAAGGAGAAGAAGAGGUGAAGCAUGCCAGGAGGAGAGCAAUAGUCGAUGCCAAGAGUGAACUUGACUUUUUGAUGAGAAGAGAUAAUCCUGAUCAAGUAGAUAUUUGUUUUAGCAUGAAGAGCAGGUUUUUCGAGCCAAUUUUUAAGCUGAAUGAGUAUUUGAAUGAUAACGAAGAACUAGCUUCUCAAACCUUAUCAAAUCCCAAGAAUAAAUUCUCAAAUUUAUCAGAGACAUCCUCUCCUCACAAAUUUAAAGAAAUGUAUAACACUCUUGACCAGGAAUUCAAGCUAAAUUCUCUUAAAUACGCGAAGGCUUCAAAGUAUAGAAGGAAGCUGAUGAAUCUCAAAUUUUAACUUCACGAUUGUCAAGGAUGGCAUGCAAGGUAUCAUACCAUAUUUCUAAAGGUUUAAGACGAGGAU